UCAGGCAGAGACAAUGGUGGCAUUGAGCAGGAGAUCUGCUCUGGAGCAGCAGGCGCGGGAAGCGUUCCGAGCGGGCUGCCGGACCGGACUGGACCCGGUCCGCUUGGAGAGACGGCCGCAAUGCUGGCACGGUGGGGCUCUGUGGCACCUUGGCACCUGCUGUACCCGCUUCUCUGGCUGGCUGCAGGUGCCCACUGGGUCGAGGCAGCACCUGACUUCUCAGCUUACCUGCACAGGAUCCUGCGGAACCACACGGCUGACGCCUGUCAGGGAGACACCCUCUCCAUCAGCUGCCCCCCCAGGACUGCCAUAGCCGUCCUCUCCGCCUUCUACGGCCGGCGUGUGCCGAGCGAGCACCUGUGCCCUCCGCCACACGGCAACACCACGGCAGAGAGCGUGGACUGCGCGUCCGCUGUCGCCGUCCAGAAAGUGAUGCACGAAUGCCAGGAUCAGCGAAGCUGCAGCAUACCUGUCAACAGCCACGUCUUCGGCUUGGACCCGUGCCCUUACACCAGCAAGUACCUGAUUGUGUCCUACAAGUGCCGUCCGGAGAAUCACCGCAGCAGGCUGGUAUGUGAGAAUGAGAGGCUGCGCCUGUCCUGUAAGAACAGCACUGUGCUGGCCAUCUACUCCGCCACCUUCGGGCACCAGCUGCACGGGAGCCCCCACUGUCCGCAGCAGCACACAUCUACGCCCGACAUAGAGUGCCUUUCACCCUCUGCUCUGAGGCGUGUAUCCCGCAGGUGUCACGGCAGGACAAACUGCUCCAUAGUGGCCGACACGCAGGGCUUUGGGGACCCCUGCUUCCCAGGGCUCAGGAAGCACUUGCGGGUGUCCUUCACGUGUGUUCCCAGGUAUCUGCUGGAGGAUGUCGGCCAGGGCACUGUAGACCCUUUCUCCAUCGCUGACUACACACAUGGUGGCUGGUACACCGGCCCAGGCGUGGCACGACCAAAGAGUAUGGUGCUUUUGACCAACUCUCUGGAAAUCUUUGCCCAGAUAAAGGGUGUUCCAGAGAAGGUGGCCCUCUACUUUGUGUCUGGGAUCUGCGCUGGUCUCAUCUUCCUCCUGUGCCUUUUCGGCCUGAAAUCCACCCUGGUGCAAGAUGUUAAGGAGCUGUUCUCCGACCUGAAAGAUGAACUAAAAGCCCCUCAGGGUCCGAUUCCUGAGCUUCCGGAGCCAGACGAAGACACUGCCUCAGAAUCCUCCUUCCGCCACCUAACCCACACAUACCGGACAACUGAGGUCUUUCGCCCAGAGCUCAUGGUAAGGAUGGUCAGGAUUGAUGGGCAUGAGGAAGAAGAGGAGCUGGCAAAGGAGCUGCCUAACGGUGACAUCUGGCUGACCCAGGACUCCAGCCCCUAUGCUGUCCACCAACUCCGGGCUAUUAGUGCAUGACAGAUGGGACUAGCCUACGCUGCAGAGCCACGUCAACAAACCUUGCACUCAAAAAGAGUGAAAAUGCAACUGUCUAUUAUUCUCCAUUUCAAAUUUUCAUUUCUUACGACUGGAAAUACUGAUAAAUAUUUAAUGUGAGAAACUGCUUCAUGUAAAGCAACAUAAAACAUUAAUGCUAGGAUAAGGUUCAAGGUUAUAGGUUAGAUACUCUAACGUUUAGAUUUAUUCUGUCAGGUGCAACAUUCUUCCAAUAAAACGAACGCGGUACACAUCUGUAAUUAAAAUAUUUUCCUUUACUAAACUGUAACACAUAUUUGUAUGAUGAAUGACGCCUGUUAUAUUCAUAAAUAGU